AAAACUAGGUUAUAAACCAGAAGAAAGAAGAAAGAAGAGGGGGGGGGGUACAGAAUGAUGGAAGAAGCAGAUGGAAAAGGAAGAGCAGCAUCAGAAUCAGAGCAAGUGUCACUGAAAGACAAGGGAAAUGAAUUCUUCAAAGCAGGAAACUACCUGAAAGCUGCUGCACUCUACACCCAGGCCAUCAAGCAAGAUCCUUCUAAUCCCACUCUUUACAGCAACCGUGCGGCAGCAUUUCUACAUUUGGUCAAACUCACCAAAGCACUUGCUGAUGCUGAGACAACAAUCACAUUGAACCCCAACUGGGAAAAGGGAUAUUUCAGGAAAGGAUGUGUAUUAGAGGCCAUGGAACGAUAUGAUGAUUCUUUAGCAGCCUUCCGGAUAGCUUUGGAGCACAAUCCACAAAGUUCAGAGGUAUCAAGAAAGAUCAAGAAGCUUACACAGUUGGCAAGAGAUAAAAAGCGAGUUCAGGAAGUAGAGAACAAGAGAUCCAAUGUUGAUAUGGCAAAGCAUUUGGAAACAUUGAAAUCUGAACUGUCUGAGAAGUAUGGAGAUGAAGAGCUUUGGAAAAGCAUGUUUUCUUUCACUGUUGAGACAAUAGAGACUGCCAUAAAAUCAUGGCAUGAAACAUCUAAAGUGGAUGCUAGAGUCUACUUCCUUCUUGACAAGGAAAAGACACAGACAGAUAAAUAUGCCCCGGUUGUCAAUAUUGAUAAGGCAUUUGAAUCACCCCAUACACACAAAAGUUGUUUUACAUUUCUUAGGGAUUAUGCUGAAGAAUCUUUCUCCAAAGCGGCUUGCUUGGUGGCACCCAAAAGUAUCAUAUCUUACCCACAGGUCUGGAAAGGUCAAGGAUCACGGAAGUGGAAGCAUGGGCAAAGUGAUGGUUUCUUUGUUCAAUUUGAAUCACCUUCCUUGCAAAAGCUAUGGUUUGUUCCUAGUUCUACAGAAAAGGGGCAAUUGUUGUGCAGGGAUCCAGAAGUUCUGGACAUUGGUGUCCAUGAACUGCUUCCACGUAUAUUCAAACAAAAGCUGCCCAAUCCCUAGUCUUUCUAUGUUGGGGUGGAUUGCAUCAGAGAAGAAAAAACAGAGUACCAGGUGCCUGUAUUCUGCAUUGAUCUGCUCCAAAAUUUCCUGCUUGGACAUGGUAAACAUCUGCAAGAAGUUAAUUUUCUGAGUCAUUCUGUGCAUGUGGCAACCUUUUUUGAGCUUCUUUUGAGGGUUUUGCAAGGUUAUUGAUUGGAUACCUUCUGCACAGUUUUACCGUUGUAUGCUUAAUGAUUUCAGCAUCAUGCUCUUCCUAUAUUUUGGUGGUAAGGCAGUUUUGGCCCUUGAACUAGGUGCACUGAGUUGUGCAGCUGAUACCAUUGUUGUAGUCUCUUGGAACUUGUUUGCUAUAGUACAUCUUUGAUUUGUUUGGUAAUGGUUCAAAUGGAUUUGUAUUUUAUGUAGAGAUUGCUCAACGCAGGGUUUUCCCUAUCCACAUCUAUGCUAUGGUGUCUGCCUUGGUUCCUUGUUUUGAA